AUAUAAGAUUUAAAAAUAGAUUGCGCAGUUUUUUUUUAUCACCUGAUGCAAUGAAAAUGGACAUUCGCUGAUUCAUUUUAAGCUCGAAAACAAAGAUGAAAUUGAUUUUAGUAGCCUUUAUUCAGAGCCUGGCGAUUCAGUGCAACUGUGCGCCUUUGCCGAAGUGGGUAUACAGGGUGAAAUCUUGUCCAGAUCCCCACGAUAUAAACAAAUGGAAAGAAGCGUCUAAAAGGAUAAAUUGUUUCCAUGAUUUGACGUCAAGAGAUCCAAAGGAACAGAGAACAGUAUACCAUUGUUUGCCAAGCACCUAUUUCAACGAAUCUGUGGAAUUCUGUGGCAGAAAUGUUCCCAUUGCUCCAGGGAAUUGUCCUGUUUACAAUUAUAAAUAUGGACAAAACACAGCACCUAGUUACCACAAUUGUGGUAAUUUUACCACUGGUUGUCCAUCCAUGAUGUUUCACUCAAAGGAGGUUUAUAAAUACCCUAAUUGUUUGAAAAUAUAUCCUACCGGAAGAUGCUUUGAAGCAGAUAGAUAUUGUCAUGCCAUAUCAAAUCCUUCAAAACAGGGUUCAACUAUUACAACAAACGAGCCCAAAAUUUCAAGCACUUCAGUGCCGGUGAUCACGGAUCUAAAUGUCGACAAUGCAGAUCCCCCAGAGGUGGUUAUGAAUCCAGAUAAGAAUAAGGAGAAUGAAGUAUACGAGAAGGAGAGCAAUCGCCAUAACAUCGAAGUCAUAACCAUUGUAGUGGUUGCGGCUAUAGUUGGACUUAUAUUUGUUCUUGUUGCAUGGAAAAGGAACUAUCUGCCAUGGAAAAAAACGACGUCUGGGAGUACCACUAUAUUAUCAGAAGAGGAAAUGACAAGAUUGAUGGAAGAACAGAGGAAUUCUACACAAGGGAAAGAGCCGGCAACGGCAACUGAAUGGCAAAGUGUUUCUGAGAAUAACGGCGACGUUAGAAACACCGAAGCGGCACAAAGGAAACAGAUAAUAAACGAUCAAAGCAAAGCAGCUAUGAACUGGAAAUACAAUGAUUUAUUUGAAAGUUUAAAGAAAGACAUGACUCCAAAAUUGGUUACUCGUAUUAAACGCCGACUCAGAGAUCGAGCAGAAAAUAAACCCGAUGAACUGAUGGAAAUAACUGAGCCAUUAGACUUGUUGGAUUAUUUGAAUACCAAAUACCUUGCUUUCCAUAACAUUGUGUUUCUACAGGGAAUUUUCCUCGAUUCAAAAGCUCCCAAACUUUAUGACCAAUGUCUUCGAUAUGGCAAAACAAGAGCAGAGAAAAUAAUGUUUUUUGAAAAAAGAAUUCUGGAGACGGAUCACACUCGAGUGGUGUACUUGAUUAAUUGCCCAAAUAUGUCUCUCUACGAACGUUCAGAGCUUGAAACUUUGAGAAUAAUGUUGUCGACGUUAAUCCAUGCAAAUUAUGACGACAUAAUAGUGUCUGGUGUUAAAAAUGGGUGUGUGGUUGUUACAUUUAUGAUAAGAAAUUGCUUAAUCCCAUCAUUAAGAACACUCUAUUUACCAUCAAAACGGAGUAUGACGUGCCAAUGGAUGUUGAAACUUCCGUUACAUUACAAAACUGUCAAAGUGAUGAUUGAAGAUGAUGUGAUAUACAUGUCAGACCUGUUGAUGUCAGUGAAGGAGCUAACAGCUGAAGCAGCACUAAGCGGGUGUGUCCUGAGAUCCGAUUAUCCAGUUUCUGAUGACGACAAAUUACAGGUCCACUUUGGGGAGAAAAAUGUUGGAAUGUUUUCGGAAGGAAAUUGCAGAGAAGACACAGAGCAACUUCUAGGAUGGACCAAGGAUGAAAAGAAAUUGGAAGAUUUCCUGAGGGAAUUAGGCGGUUCCAUAACAGACGACAUACUUCAAUCCAUGAAGUACAUUCUACAUGAUUUCAUUGAAAAGGAGAUGGUAAAAGUGAUGGAUACAAAUGCGAUAUUAGAGCACCUGUCUAAGAAUUUCAAACUUCAGUACAACAUGUGUUUUCUACAGUGGAUGUUCAAUAAAUGCGGCGCUCAUUAUAUCAGUGAAAGCUGUCGAAAAUUUGUGUCCGAAAACCAGUUCCAACUCUUAUGUUUCCAUGCCAAUGCAACUCCGUGUAGAGGACAACAGCGUUUGAAAUUCCACAUCAUGGUAUUUGAAUUGGAGGACUAUGAGGCAGAAAUUCACGAUCUGAGGAACUGGCUUGCUAAAACGUUAGGAGUAAAUCCUGGUGAAAUUUUGAUGACCGCCCUAGAAAGUGGUCCGAUAGUUGUGACCUUCAUGAUGAGAGAAAAGCAUGCCAUGGCUUUCUUGGAGUUUAUUAAAACCGAUGAUGGUCAAAUUGCCGUAUCUCGUAAAAGAGUCGGUAAAAUAUUUCAGAACGGGAACUUGAUAAAGAUAGGAAAGGCCUUGAAUGGAUCCAAUUUCGUACAUGUUCGGUUGCGUUUCCAAGAUAACGGUAUUAAAGAUAAUUUACGGAGAGGAGAGAAGAUGGUCAGAGAUGCAGUUAAUCAUAUUCUUCGGGACACAAAUCUACCGAUGGAAGGAAAUGAAGUAUAUACUAAAGUUGUGCCAUCAAAUCAAUCAGAAAAUGACAAUGCAGCAAAACGUGUCCAUGAAAACUGGGAUUCUCUUUUGGAUGAACUUGAACCACUAACAAUCCUGAAUUGCUUGAAAUUUGAUGAGGAGUUUGUGCAGAAAGUCAGAAGCAGAAAUAGUAGAAAGGAGCGAGCAGAAUGUUUCUUAAACAAGUGCUGCAAAUUAUCAGAGGAUGAAUUCGAGAAAGUAUGGUCACAUUUGGAAAAAUAUUGUAAUUCCAUUCCAAAUGAAGAUAAAAGUGAUACAGAAUUAGACCCUACAAAAGAAUGGAUCAAAUCAAAUUGGGACGAUGUCCUUGACGAGAUCGACUCCGAUUUCAUAGAUGCUACGAUCAAAAACAUGAAGGAUGUACCCAGUUCUGUGUAUACAUUGUGGUCUGACGGCAAGAAAAGUAGAAAGGAGAAGGCUACGAUAUUUCUAGAAUUUGUGCUCUCAAAGCAUGGAUAUUUGAAGGCACUCCAGAAAACCUUACAGGAAUAUAACAUUCAUUGUCCGGACAGUUCUGAAUGCUAGGGUUUGUCUCUCAAUUGUGAAACGCACACAAUCCCAUGUUUGAAUUUACAGUUACAAUUAUAACGAUCAUAGAAUUUGCGAAAAGCUGAUGUCAACCGAGCUUGUUGAAACCAUUGCAAUUUAGGAUUUAUGGGAUUGAUCACUGUUCGUUAUUUUGGUUUGUUUAUCAAAUAGACUUUCAUUGUGUCUUGACGGCAUGCGAGACUGGACGGUUCGAAUAAGCUCAAACUCAAUCAUGAUAAAACUGAACUUAUGGUUUUUAAGACAAACACAUGAUUACUGAUUUUAUACAACAAUUUGCUUUAUCAUUCGGAGAAAACAUCUCUUAGGAAUCCAAUCAUAUAAAAACCUCGGGAUUUAUUUUAACAAGAUCUUGAGUAUGGAAAGACAAUGUAGUUCAAUUUCAUCCUCAUUCUACUUCCACUUUCGGAACACGGGGCAUGACAGACUAUUUAUUACUGAAGAUGUGUGCAAGACCAGUGAACUCUCACUUAGACCAUGGAAAGGCAUUGCUUUUUGGAAUAAUCAAACAACUCAUUGACAAGUUCCAAAGAGUCCAAAACACAGCCGGUGGGUCAAUCACAGCAUCUAAACAGCGAGGUCACUUCACUCCUGUUCUUAAGUGUCUUCACUGGUUACCCGUCCAGUAUCGAAGCCAGUGCAAGAUCCGUGUGCAUGUCCAUUAAGCACUACCGGUAAAUGCAUUGGCUCCCUUGUACUUGAGCUCGUAUCAGCCUGCAAGGAGCUUGCAUUCUUAAUCGCCGUGCCCACUUUCUGUCCCUAUGACACGGACAAAAACAUAUGGAGAACACGUGUUGAAAGAGUCGCGUCUUCCCCGUGGAGCGCACUUCCCUUGGACCUUAAGAAGUAUGAUUCUCAUUCAGCCUGUAAAACAGUAUUAAGACAUAUCUUUAUGUUGAUGAUUUGACUUUACAAAGUUUUAUACUUAUUAAUCACGAUGCCUGGAUUUAUCCUAAUGUGGGGCGCCUAAGAGUAAUUUUCUAGGGAGCGCUGUAAAAGGUUUCAUCAUCAUUAUUAUUUAUAUUUAUUUCUUUAACUUUGUUUAUAACGUUUGAACAAUCUUUACAUUUGAUAAGGGACUGUGUAUGAGGGCGUCGUUCUUGGGUACCUGUAAUAUUCAAUGUUAUUCUUUUUAAUGUUCAAGACUAUUAUAUUUCAAUUGUUUCUAAUAUUGAUCAGUAUGCUUAGUAUAUAUAAAUAUUUUAUUUUUGGAAUCAUCUAGACCAGAUGAUACACUGAUAAUCAAAGACAAAUUACAAGAUGACCAUAAUUAAGAAUCUACCUUAUUCUACAAAUGUGUGCAUACUUUUACAUAUUAAACACGAUUUUCUUGUUGCAA